AUGAAAAUUUCCUCGCUGUUUGUUGUCUGCGUGGCAUCGCUCGUGGUCACUGCCACGGGUCGUCCGGAGCCGCCAUCGCCUUAUGCCUAUCACGGAUUACCCCAGCAGCAAAGCCAGCGGGCCCUGCCCCUGAACGCUCAUCCCGCCCCACCACAAAUCUAUCAGGCUCUGCCGCAAGAGCAGUCGUUUGCCAACUUUGGCCAACCACAGCCACAGAUGACAUAUCUGCCUCCUGUACAACAGCAGCAUAUGCCCCAGGAGUUGAUUGAGCCCGUGGCUCCUUCGUCUGAGCCACUAAAUGCCUACGAUGAUAGCUACAACAUGGCCCAUCGCCUGUCGGGUGUACAACAUGCCAGUGGAUAUAACAAUGCCCCCAUGGAGACAAAGGUGCACAAACACAUCUAUGUACAUGUGCCGCCCAAGGAUUUCGAGGAGGAAGACGCUGUCCAGCCACGUGUGCAUCACCAGCAGGGACCCAAGCAAAAGCACUAUAAGAUUGUGUUCAUCAAGGCGCCAUCGGCUCCAGCUCUGCGUCCUCCAGUUGUGCCACCACCACCACAGAACGAGGAGAAGACCCUCAUCUAUGUGCUGCACAAGAAACCAGAGUUGGAACAGGACAUUGUUAUACCCACUCCAGCACCCACUAAACCAUCCAAGCCCGAGGUUUACUUUAUCAAGUACAAGACCAAGAAGGAGGAGGCCCCCGUCUACGGUCCCCCACCUUCCGAUAUGGAACCUCGUAAUCAGCCAAAUGCUGAGGAAUACGCUGCUCUGCCCGAAAUCAACGAGGCAUUGCCCUCCACAACUCUAGCCCCCGAACCCCAGCCAGAGCAACCAUCGGCCAUCUAUGGUCCACCCACAGCUGCUGCUUACACUGGCGAAGAAGUGCAAACCACUUUGGCAGCUGCUCCAGCCAACCAGUAUUUGCCUCCUGCCUCCACAGUGCCUGCAGCUUUAACCAUCGAGGAUCCUUCCAUGGCACCCAUCAUUGUUGAGGAACAGCAGCCACAGCAGAUCGAACAGUUGCGUCAGCUCUCGGCUCCGGCUCCAGCUCCAACGGUUGCCCAUGUUCCUGCCGCCAAUUAUGGCCCACCCAAUCGUUUCUUCCUCAAGACAGUGAAGUAACUUAACGGGUUGGAGAUGUAUUAGCCAAUUUCUAUUUAGUCUAAAUGGUGGGCAAAAAGACACCACAGAAACACAAACACACACAUUUACAAACCACAACUCACAUAUAAACACACUCAUCUGUUGAUUGUUGAUUUAUCCAUUUUUGUAAAAAAAUUGUUACUAAAUUGUUAAUAAAACAAAAUAAUC